UGCAUACACACACGUGGGAAUAUUGGUUUGGUGUCAGUCAUCCACAAUCGUGCUUUUGCUUUGUUUCCCUAUUUUAUUUCGUCUUUACAUGGCUUUUGUCACUGCUUGAAAUGGACAACAACGAAAAUGGAAAAGAAGAAAACACGGAUCAGUUUUGUCUUGACCAUGUCCUGAAUAAGCUGUAUGAUUUCGGUGAUAGAUCAGUAUCAAAGAGAGAACACAAGUCACAGAAGAAGAGAUUCAAAAGGAGUGAGGUGGAGGAUGAGGAGGACACUGCAGCAGAUGAUUGCAGUGAGACUAAAGACAGUCUGGAAGUCAGACAUUCGGAUAUCUCAGCGAUUGACCUUCCUGGCUCUUCUGAAGUUGGAAACACAAGUUCAACCACUAAACAGACACCACCAGUAGAGGUGGUCACAUUCCAGGAUCCUACAAAGAGACCGAGACAAGCCAGAAAGCCAUCAGUGCCCAAGGACAAGCUUCCUCAAACAAAGGAGAAAAAGAAGGUGGACCCAGAUGAAUUCAGUCUAGAAAAGGCUCGAUUAGAAGUUCAUCGAUUUGGAAUCACUGGAUACCAGAAAGUGCAGCAGAGGGUUUUUGAACAGGAGCGAGCCAUCAUGCUUGGAGCAAGGCCCCCUAAGAAGGAGUAUGUAAACUACAAAGUGUUGCAGCAAAGGGUUAAGGACAAGAAGCAAAAAACAAAGGAAGCGAUUCAGACGGACUUAAAGAAAAAGAAGACGACUAAACCAAGGGAUGAGAAGAGGAAAUCAUCUUCCAGCAAAGCUCCAACAGGCCAGGUGGGACGCUUUAAAAAUGGAAUGCUGGUCCUAAGCACCAAAGAAAUCCAGAAAAUAAAAGCCUCCAUCAAAAAAAAAUAAGAAAGGGAUGAAGUGAAAACAAUGAUGAAGAGUUGUAUUUUUGCUGCAUUUUUUGAGUUUUGAAGAGACUUUUCACAUGAAGAUGCAGUAAUGGAAAAUCGAUGUCCAAGCCACAAUUAACAUGACUACAGAAAAUAUGAAGAGCACAUUCAUAUUCCAUCAGUUUAUUCAUUUAUUCAUUUUAUAAAGGAAAAAAUACAGCAUUUUGCUUUUCUUUUAAACUGUAUAAUAUGAAAACAAUGCCAAGUACAAUGCAUUUCAUAUACAAACCACUUAGAAGUACAAAACGUUUACAUCGUAUGAGAGAUGAGAACUAAAGAACAUACAUAACAGAAUUCUGGAAAAUAAAGCACAGGUUUUUGUGAACACAUACCCUGGGCAUGGAUGCCAGUGUCCUAAUGGACCAGUUGACAUUCCCCAUGAGGUUUGGUGGUGUACCCUGCCUAGUUCUCUGGUAGUGUGGCAGUGAGAGGGCACUAGCCACGAUUCCAGGGCAUGAGUUGCAUGCCUGCGUUUAGAAGAGAGAUGCCCCACAGACAUUGCAACAACCUUACCCACAUGGCAUAGUCAGGGUGGGGACAGUAAAUAUCUCUGAAAUGUAUUAUACAUUUAGAUAAUAUGAAAUAAAUAUGUCUACUGUCAGUCUCUUGAGGCAGAGUCUAAGAUUGAAACACAAUUGUAAUCUGACAGUAGUGACUGUUUCUAGCACCGUUUUUUUUUUUUUGGGGGGGGUGUUCACAUUCAGAAGCAGGCUGGUAAAUGCAUGCCUAAAACUACAAUAUGACAUUUAGAGAGGAUAAGCUACUAUGUGAAUUUACUACAAAGGUUCCUUUGAUAUUAUGGUCUGUACUGGCAGUGUGUCUGGAAACACCAUUUCCAUAGUGAUUACUGUGAUUCUCUCAUUGACAACAUUCACUUGGAGACACUCAAUAACCAACCGUACAUGCUGCAACCUGAUGCAAUCGCUUGUCUCUAUACAAAAUGGCUUUAGCCAAUAUCAUUUAUUUACCCAGGGAAUGGUCACCUCCACAUUGUAGCUUUGGACAUACUGUUCUAUCAGACAGUCUGCUCUACAUCAUAUCAACAUGUUUAAUGUACAAGGCAUUGGCUCUGUUCAGAGAACAUUAACACAGCUAAAUAAACCCAACGUUAGAUUUUAAGACCAUUCAAAAAUGCAUGACUAUAUUUGGUGUUUUUACAAAGAGAGAAGGAUGCAAGAGUACAAAUCAUUUUCACCAAUAGUGUACCACCAUGCUUCAACACAGACUCUGAGCAGACAUUUUAUUCUAAUAACAAUAGUAUUAGUAUUCUUAAUCCAAAAACCUGUUACCAUUUUGGAUUAAGGGAACAUCACUUUGAAGCAACACUUUUAGUAGCAGUCUGGGAUCAAAAUGUUCACACAAUUAUAAUUACAGAAUAUGGUACAAAACAACUCCUAACUGCAUCUAAUGAUGAUUAAUGAUAUACCGGUAUGUGAACUUAAUGAGGACAUGGUCAAAUGUAAAUGUGGGAUAAUAAGCCUGCCUAGUAUCUAGAAUUCCAUGAAGGCUCCCUCGGAAAAAUCACAAACGCACUGCUUAACCCUUUAAAUAAAUGUUGUCAUCUGA